CUGUGCCACCGCCAUUAAGAAAAAAGACGCAAGCAACAAAGUGUUCCAAGGCACAAGCACAGAAAUACGGCGAAUAAAAAGGUAACACUGAAUACUGAUAUCAUCAUCAUUUUUGCUUAUUUGAUACAGAUUAUGACCAUAGUACACAAACUGUACCUGUCUCAUAGCUGAUUGGGGGUGGAGGCUGGAGUCUAUAUACAUACUAACACAUACAGAUAAAAAUUCACACUCAAAUGUAGACAUCUGCAGUACAUAUUUAGAGUCUUCCAAGUCUUUAAACUGCUGAGAGAAACUAACGUAAUGCUUACGUUGCCAUAGUGUGCAAUAGUGACUUAAAAAUUUCACUUCCACAACUUCUUUUUAAAUGCACGUGUGUGUUUCCUUUGUUACAAUAAGGAAUUUUGAACAAAUGUAAACAAACAAAAAAAAAACUGUUCCCUGAUCGUGCACUCUAAACAUUAACUGGCCCAACAAUCCUCAGACUGAAAAUAACAUUGUGCCAGAUUGUGUUGAAAUCCUGCCUCAGAGCCAUGUCAGCUCCUUGAAUAAACAAUCGUUAUGUGUCUGGGGAAAAAAAAAAAAAUCAUUCUCAUCAGCUCAUUAAUUCUGUGAGAUUUGCUGUGUGGCCCCGGGGCAAAUUUCCGCCAGAUUCGAGCAUCUGGUGUAUGCUUACAUAAACUUUAGUGUCGGUCUAGUAUUAAAAGAUUUUGUGUUUCCUGAUGUCAACAGUUUAAAGGUUUUGUUAAUUCAUGAACAAAUUGCAAGGUCAACGUGUCAAAGACUUGAAUUCAAAGCGUCCUUGUGUAGAGGAGGAACAGAAUAUUCAGAUAUUUAAAAUGUCACAAUUUUCUAAACAUGUCCCAAUUUGUUGUUGUGGCAUAAACUAGAAAAUCUGAUGGGACUUAAAGGCAUACUAUGCAGAAGUUGUCAGUUGCUGUUAAAGAAUUAUGGAAAAAAGACUGAGUGAAUUGCUGAGUCUUAUACUCACACUAUUAAAUCGCCACAAACCCAGAAGAUCAGUAUAUGACGAGCUGGGAAUGAGACUUAACAGUUUUGAAUUGUUGACACCUGGAAACGUCCCGAACACCGCAGCAACAACAACAAUAACAAUAACAAUAAUAGUAAUAUACAAUAAUACAAUCAGAUGGCAGACACAGACGAUGUCACACACUUCUUGUUUCUAUAGUUGGUCGUAAGUGAUGAUUGAGAGGGAGUCUAAUUUAUUUUAUUUUAUUUAUUUAUUUAUUAGGAAAUUCCCGAAUAAUAUGCCUUUAAGAGAUCGAUCUUACAUUGCUGCUGUCAGUAAAACAUGAACAAAAACAACGCUGCUCGCAUACAUAUCUUACACACUCAUUAGUUUUCCCUUGGCUUUUGGGAGCCUUGCAGAUUAUGGAGUGACUCACGGUGAUAAUAACAGGCACAACUGGGCAGGAAUGGCGCUACAUGAUGAUUUAUCAUGGAGGAGGCGAACGUUGACAUCGUCCCCGUCGGUCCAGCCGGCGGAAGGCCUGUCCCGCGGCUUCUCUGCUCCCCGACUCCACUGCUCGCUCAUACUUAUGCGUUAGGCGUUUCUGCAGUGAGCCGCUGGAUAUUGAUGCGCUUUAAGGAGGCGUCCCCAAUCCUCUCCUCCCCUUCAUCCAUCCCUGCCUCCCUCCCUCUCCCUCGCCCUUCCCCUCUCUCUCGCUCUCUCUCUCUCUCUCUCCCUCUCCUCCCUGCCUCCUCCGUGCUGUUGAUCCGCGGGGUGUCGGAGCGCUCAGACGCGCUCGGCGUUCAGACUCGUAGAGACCCCCUGAUGGACCCCAAUCAGGAGAACUGCGCUAACCAAACGACCAUCCCAGGCUUCAAGCUCCCCUAGCGAAGGCAGGACCCCGAGAGCCUGCCCCUGGAAUACCGCAUUGUUUUAUUAUUUCCAACGAGAGAGAGAGAGAGAGAGAGCGGGAGAGAAAGGUGAUGAUGCUGAUGAUGCGCCCGCGAUGGUGGAUUUCCCUUUUGUGCUUCUAUGGAUUGAUGCACGUCGGUCACCAGAGCAGCCCUAAUACCCAAAAUGGAGACGCCUUGUCGAGCUUGAAGGCUCUUCGUGAUGCAGGCAGGUUUGUCGGGAAGGAGGACACGGUGCCUCUCCGCCUGCUCUACAGCAGGCACAACCACAGCCAGAUCACCCAGGACGAGCUCAGCACCAGGGUUAAAGUCAGCCCCGGCUCCUCGCAGGGGGACCAUGUGGCCCAAGCAAGCUUUCAAGUCAAUGCUUUUGGCAGGAAAUUCAUCUUGGAUGUGGAACUGAAUCAUGAUCUGUUGUCUUCGAGGUACGUGGAGAGGCAUUUGUCAGACAAAGGGAAGACUGUCGUCACUAAUGGAGGAGAGCACUGCUACUAUCAGGGGAAGGUCAGAGACAUUCCUCACAGCUUUGUAGCUCUUUCAACCUGCCAUGGAUUGCAUGGGAUGUUUUUCGAUGGCAAUCACACCUACAUGAUUGAACCUGGAGGACAGCACAGCAGCGAUGGGGAUGUUCGCAUUCAUAUGAUCUAUAGAUCUGCAGGACAAGAAGGAUUUAACGGUUUCCUCGAUGGUGACCUUCCAGAGCCGCCUUUUCCCAGCCCUCCAUUUCCUGGGUCAAAAGUAGUUCACAGGAGAAAAAAGAGACAGGUCCAUCAUUUGUCACGAAGCGUAGAGAAUGAGACCAAAUACAUCGAGUUGAUGGUGAUCAAUGACCAUUUAAUGUACAAGAAGCAUCGGCUUUCUGUUGGGCACACGAAUAACUAUGCUAAGUCAGUGGUCAAUAUGGCUGACAUGAUUUUCAAGGAACAGCUUAAUACUCGGAUCGUGCUGGUCGCAAUGGAAACGUGGUCAGCCGAUAACAAGUUCAACAUUGACGAUGACCCCAUGGUGACACUCAGGGAGUUCAUGAAGUAUCGAAAAGACUUCAUCAAGGAGAAAUGCGACUCUGUGCACCUCUUUUCGGGGAACCGAUUUCAUAGCAGCUGGGGAGGAGCUUCCUACAUGGGAGGAGUUUGCUCCCUCACUAAAGGAGGGGGAGUCAAUGAGUACGGGAAAACAGAUGAGAUGGCCAUAACUCUCGCUCAGUCUCUUGGACAGAACAUUGGCAUCUUCUCAGACAAGAAGAGGAUCCUCAAUGGCGAGUGCAAGUGUGAUGAUCGUUGGUCAGGCUGUAUCAUGGAUGAUGUCGGUUUCUACCUGCCCAAGAGGUUCUCCGACUGCAACGUGGAGGAGUACCAUAACUUUCUAAACAGCGGUGGAGGAGCCUGUCUGUUCAACAAACCCCUGAAGCUGUUGGACCCUCCAGUGUGUGGAAAUGGAUUUUUAGAACCAGGAGAGGAGUGUGACUGUGGCAGCCCGGCGGAGUGCGCCAGAGAGGGAGGAGCCUGCUGUAACAAAUGCACCCUGACUCAAGGCUCCAAGUGUAGCAACGGACUCUGCUGCAACAACUGCCAGAUGGAGUUCAUGGGAGUUGUGUGCAGAGAUGCAGUGAAUGACUGUGACAUCCCAGAGAACUGCACAGGCAACUCCAGCCAGUGUCCACCAAAUGUGCACAAGAUGGAUGGCUACACGUGUGAAAAGGACCAAGGUCGCUGCUUCAAUGGAAGGUGCAAAACCAAAGACAGACAGUGCAAGUACAUCUGGGGAGAGAAGGCAACAGCAGCUGACAAGUUCUGUUACGAGAAGCUAAACAUUGAAGGGACGGAGAAAGGAAACUGUGGGAAGGACAAGGACACCUGGAUCCAGUGUAACAAACAGGAUGUUCAUUGCGGGUACCUGCUGUGCUCCAACAUCUCACCUGCCCCACGACUGGGAGAGCUGCAGGGAGGGCUGACCUCCUUCUCCGUAGCCCGACACAGUGCUUCUCUUGACUGCAGUGGUGCUCACGUGCUGAUCGAUGGAGACACUGACCUGGGAUACGUCGAGGACGGGACAGCCUGUGGGACAGACCGCAUUUGUUUCAAUCACAAAUGUCUCCCCAUCCAACAGUUUAACUUUAGCACCUGCCCCGGGACCACCGACAAGGCCGUCUGCUCCGGGCACGGGGUGUGCAGUAAUGAUCUGAAGUGUGUGUGUUACCUGGGCUGGGCAGGAGAGGACUGUAACUCCACGUCUCCACUCAGCUAUCUCGUGGUGGGACCCACUGCUUCAGUUUCAGGUAUCACCAGCACCAACAUCAUCAUCGGGGCCAUCGUAGGCUCCAUCCUCUUCCUCGCCCUCAUUAUGGCUGUUACAGCCUGGUGUUACAAGAGCUACAGACAGAGACGUUACGUUGAGUCUGAGGUUCACCGAAGAUUCUGCCGGCAAAUGCCCCCAGGUGACUAUGUUACAAAGCCUGGGGAUGCAGACUCAUUUUACAGUGACAUGCCUCCGGGUGUCAGCACAAACUCCGGCUGCAGCUCCAAGAAGAGGUCAGCCUGCCUGUCGCACCUGCAGAUUUGCACCUUGUCCUUCACUCCUUCCAUCCCAUCCAUUUCUCAGAACAUCUCACUGUUUGGCUUCAGAUCCAACGGCCUAUCCCACUCAUGGAGUGAGAGAAUCCCUGAUGCCAAACACAUCUCUGACAUCUGUGAAAAUGGGAGACCGAGGAGCAACUCGUGGCAAGGAAAUCUGAGCGGUAAUCGUAAGAAACUGAGAGGAAAGAAGUUCCGUGCUCGCUCUAACUCCACAGAGUAUUUAACCCCUCGCUCCAAUACAGAGUUUUAUGAUGUAACUAAAUGGGUAGAAGAUGUGAAUAGAAACACUCAAGGACCUUACCUUAGGACGCUAUCCCCUGCCAAGUCUCCCACUUCCUCUACAGGAUCUAUUGCAUCCAGCAGGAGAUACCCGUACCCCAUGCCUCCCCUUCCAGACGACCAGAGGAAAGCCAACAGGCAGAGUGCCAGGCUGUGGGAGACUUCAAUAUAACAGCCGUGUUAACCACUCGGCAAAAGACCUUAAGGAACUACACUUGUCUCUCCUUUUCUGUGAUGAAAAACAACAACAAUGAAACAAAAUUGACUCUAAUCGAUUAAAGAGAAAGAGAGAGCGCCCCCCACUGGAGUGGAAAUAGGCAAAAUGUGGGUGUGAGUCAGUGUGUACAAGCAUCUCCGAGGCUGUCUUGCCAGGCAGUGUCAUUCAGUGGAUCUCUGCAGAGUGCCGGCGAAGAAACCAGCUCCACAUCCACUCCAAACCAGCUGGAGCUCAGACUGAGCUGUUCCCGUCUGCUCAGGCUUCACCUUUGGGACUGGAAACCUCUGGUACCCCCGAUCCCCUAACACACACACGCACACACAUACACCUCCGCCACCACCACCACCUGUCCUAAAUCCUGAAACCUUGACACGUGCUCCUCAGCUCUGCUCUCAUCAUACUCGCUUCAAUGCCACCGCCUGCUUGAGUUGUUUGGUGCUCCUCUCCGAAAAGGAGCAGCGGAGUCCAGAGCAGGUCCUCAUAUCACACAACUGCAUCGCCGGAUUUGCUGGAUCAUUUUGAUGCACGUGAAUCACUGUAGAGCUCCCAACACUGUAUGCAUGAGACGACCCUGUUUAUUGGCAACCUCCUCCUACUGUAAGAACAGCUGUCUGACCUGGAAGGAAAGCAUGCGAGGGAGCAGUGAUUUUAUACUUUGUGUAGGCUUUGACACUUUCUCUCCACUAUAGGCAACCUGUAUUGUAUCACCAGUUAUAGCCCAUUACCCCGCCCUGCUCCUCCUCCCCUCGCGUUGUUUGUAAGUGUGUAAAUAUGUACAGUCAAAUACACACAGAGUACGUUUUUGCUUUUAUUUUGACAGAGAGCGACGUCUCUCCUUUCCUCUUCCUGUUGUGUUGUGUUGUGGACAGAAGCGGAUUUCCGUAGUGUAGAGAUGACCCUCACUUCUGUCUGUGUUUCUGUUUUUUUGUUCCCCCCCCCCACUUUUUUAGGGAUUUUUCUUCCCCUGUGUGACUGUGACCUAUAUAGCUUUCUCCAUCCACAGCAGAAUGUAAAAGUGUUUUUAUAUUAUCUUGGCACUGGUUUCAUCCAUCUCUGGGAGAAACGCACAGACGUCCCGUAACUGACAGAGGAAGUAUUGAUAAAGAUGUUGAUUGUGGAGAAUGUUGCUGCAGCAGCUGUUUGAUGAGUAUUAUUUAGGAAGAUUUAAAUAGUUUUAUGUGCCAUUCCUGAGUGAAACGGAUGGGAUGUGUUUGGUGUAGUUAUAGAUGUGCCACUUUUCGCUCAAGCAGAAAUUUCCCAUCGAUAAUAUUAAGAUGUAUUUAAUUUCCCGUGAAUAAGUCACUCAGAUGGAUGUGAGAGUAAUGACGUCAAUAUCGCGAGUGUGGUUUGAUGACCGAACCGGGCAAGAAUCUGGAAACUGUGAUCUUUGAAGCGUGCAUUUUGGAUUUAGCUGUGAUGAUUGAGAUACUUAGCCUUGUAAAUGAUUAACUAUGCUGUACAGUGCUUGCUGUUUGAGCUUGUGAAGACCAACAGCAUGACAGUUCUUUAUCAAGUUAUUUCUCUGGUAGGCUGUUUAUGAGACCAUAAUGGGAAAUGAGCAUGUCAUUGAAAGACACCCCCUCCCAGUCCCACUCAUUGCUUGUUAGCUGUUGUCUAAAUGGGUUCAUGUAUCGCAGAUUACCGUUUGACAGCAACGACAGGACAAUGGCACGUAGUCGCACUGUUUAAAAAAACAAAUGAAAACUGAGAAUUUUGUGCUUUGACAGAUGCCAGUGUAGCUGUAUAAGGUGGGGUUUGUUUGGCAACAAAUAUCAUAUCACUCCCCAAAAGCAAAUUCUUUGUACAGUUACAACUCAUUGCUCUACCCUGUGUAGAAACUGUUGUCUUAGAGGCCUCCGUUUGUCAUUUUACUGUUUUUGUUCUGAUGUGGGCACUCAUUUGUAAUUCAUGUACGCAUUAGGAGUGUAUAGGUAUUAUGAUCUUCACAAUAUUGAACUAAUAUUGCUACUAGUAUCUUUUUUAUUAAGUACCUUUGUAAUGUUCACUUUUUUCUCAGCAUUAUGUACAGUAACAAUUCAAACAGUAAUUAAGUGCAUUAUUAUAAUUAUGUGUCUUGAUGGAAUGGAGACACGUUGAGUCUUUUGAAACACAUUUGUCCCGGGGCCAAUAGAAGCGGUCGUUCCUCUGGCAUGUGCUAAUCUGUAUCAUAUGAGACACACAUAAUGUAAAUGAGAGUUGUAUGGGCUCAUGAUUUGCCUUCUGCCAGAGCUUUCUUCUUCAAAGUAUUGGUCAGAGUCUAAUGGCCCAGCCGCCUUCCUAGGCUACCCAAGGCUGAGGAGAGCAUCAUCUCAGAGCUCUCGAGUAACAUUUUGUAACAUCACAAUACUGUGCAACAUCGAGACAUUUGUCCCGGUGCUCUGGACAUUGCACUGUACGACAGUCUGAGGACUCUCCGCUAAGGAUGGGACCGUGCAGGCUGCAGUGAUUUCUGUGAUUGUACAGCUGUCAAACUUCCAAACAUAUCUGCUGCAUCCGCCUGCACACGCAGUCCGACUGACAGAUCCCAACAGGACGACUCUGGCAAAAUGUCCCCACAG